AUGGCGAACUCCGCUGCUGCAAAGGUUGAAGGAACUGGCAAGGUCCACUUGAAGAUGGCAUCGGGCAAGGUGAUGACUUUGAACAGGGUCUUGUAUGUUCUAGAAUUGCAAAAGAACUUAGUUUCUAUACCAGUUCUUACCAAGAAUGGAUUCAAAUGUGUAUUUGUUUCUGAUAAAGUUAUAGUAACUAAGAAUGAGAUGAAGUCAUUUGUAUGCCUAUAUGUGGAUGACAUGUUGAUAAUGAGCAAGGACAUUGCUAAUGUAAAAGCUACUAAGCGUAUGCUCGCUAGUAAGUUUGAUAUGAAAGAUCUAGGAGUUGCCGAUUUGAUAUUGGGAAUUAAGAUUCAUAAAACUCCUAACGCGACCUUCAGUCUAUAUCUCCCUCUUGCUGCACUUGGUUUUGAUCGUAGAAAAUUAGAUGUUUGGGACUUUGAUUGGGCAUAUUCCUUGCUACAAUGUAAACCUCAGGAGGAAAACACACUGAGUAACACCAACCUGGAGCUCAUGUCCUAA